UGCGCUGCUCUUGCUGCUGCACUUCCGGCUGUCUGCUCUGCUCGACCCCACGAUGCCCGUGGACCUCAGAAAGUGGUCUGGGCCCUUGAGCCUGCAGGAAGUGGAUGAGCAGCCGCAGCACCCGAUGCAUGUCAAAUAUGGCGGAGCGGAGGUGGAUGAGCUAGGCAAAGUGCUGACGCCCACCCAGGUGAAGAACCGCCCUAUCAGCAUUACAUGGAAUGGCCUAGAUUCCAGUAAACUCUACACCUUGGUCUUGACAGACCCAGAUGCACCCAGCAGGAAGGACCCCAAAUUCAGGGAGUGGCACCAUUUUCUGGUGGUCAACAUGAAGAGCAACGACGUCAGCAGUGGUACAGUCCUCUCCGAUUAUGUGGGCUCCGGGCCUCCCAAGGGCACAGGCCUCCACCUUUAUGUCUGGCUGGUCUACAAGCAGGACAGACCACUGAAGUGUGAUGAACCCAUUCUCAGCAAUCAAUCUGGAGACCACCGUGGCAAGUUCAAGGUGGCAUCUUUCCACAAAAAGUACGAGCUUGGGUCCCCAGUUGCUGACACGUGUUACCAAGCCGAAUGGGAUGACUAUGUGCCCAAACUCUAUGAGCAGCUAUCAGGGAAGUAGGG